AUGUAUGGUUCCGAUGACCAGAAAUCAUCGUCGAUCUAUAAUCGAUCUUACACCAUAAACUCGGCGUCCACCGAUUUCCCUGUAAAACCCUAUCCUUACUCUUCUAUCCAACGUACUGCAUCUGUCAAGAAAGUCUCCGAUUCAUCUUUUGAUUCUAUUAAAGGCAAGGUCAGGGCCCUCUGUAGCAUCUUCGAGGCACGGAAAGCAUCGAAACCCUCAUCCGAUGAUUCUCAAUCUCAAACAAAAUUGAAAUCGGAGAAGUCGUUUUCUUCUUCAGAUUCUAAACUUGCCUCCCUAUCAUCUCCAUAUGAAUCUACUCCGAUUCGGUUACCUGGAACAGAAGAUCGUGUUGUUAUUUACUUCACAAGUUUACGAGGGAUUCGAAGGACUUAUGAGGAUUGCUACGCUGUAAGGAUGAUUCUCAAGUUUUUUAGGGUUCAUAUCGACGAACGAGAUAUCUCAAUGGAUUCUUCAUAUCGAAAGGAGCUCUUGAGUGUCUUGGGUGAAAAACAAGUGAGUUUACCUCAAGUCUUCAUCAAAGGAAAUUACAUAGGCGGCGCAGAUGUCAUCAAACAGCUUCACGAGACUGGUCAGCUGGCAAAGCUUCUGAAAGGGCUUCCUGUUCGUGCAAUUGGGCCAUGGCAGGUCUGUGAUGCAUGUGGAGAUGUUCGAUUCAUCCCCUGUGCGAAUUGUAGUGGAAGCAAGAAAGUCUUUGAUGAAGAUGAAGAUCAGUUGAUUCGCUGCCCAGAUUGCAAUGAAAACGGAUUGAUUCGUUGCCCCACUUGCUGUUCUUGA